CGGGGCUUGCUGUUCGGGUGCCCCCUCUCCCCCCCCUUCCCCCCCCUUUUUCCCCUCGGUUCCGGCGGCGCAGCGAGCCGGGCCGGGGUUUGCUCGUGUCCCGGCGGCAGCGCCGUGCUCCGCGGCCCCGCGAGCCCCCGAGCGCCCGCGCGGAGCUCCCUGCGCCGGGGCCGGCGAGGCGGCGCGCUCCGCGUGUCAGCGCUGGCGCCGCGGGCGAGGCGCAGCUGCGGCGGGAGGCGGGGGAGCAGUGCGUGCGGGACGCUCCGGCUGCCUGGGCCCGGGGGGGCCGCGGCCCUUGGCGUCGCCCCGCGCCGAGACCACGGGGGCCCAAAUCAGCCAGCAGAGCGCAUCUUCGGGCCCGAAAGCGGCGCGUCGCCUCCCGCCAGGCCGGUGCGCGGCAGCGGCCCUCUGCCCUGGCGGAGGCGGGGGCAGGCUGGCCGGGGCGGGGGCAGCGAGCCCGGCGGCGCUCGCUGCAGCGGCGGUGCCCCUGCGGGGAGGGAGCCGUCCGUCCGCCGCGGCGCCUGGGGCCGUGUUACGGGCGGGGGCAACGCCGGGGCCCGCAGCUGCGCCCCCCGUUCAGAGCAGUGUUUGAUCGGCGCCGCGGGGGGAGAGGACGGCCUUCCCGCCCUGAAACGCCGGCGGGAAGCGGGCAUGGCCCCCCGCCUGGGAGAGGAGGCGUGCGGGCAACUGGCAGGAGCAGCGCGGAGGUCUCCAUCCCGGCGAGCUGAGCCGUCGAGAAGGCGCUUUCAUCCCAGGCAGGCUGCGUGUGCUCCAUCUCAGUCCCUUCCUGGAAAGGCGAGGACAGCGGUGCUGCGCCUCCGUCCCUCAGCAGCCUUUGGGGCUGAGAGGAGCCCCUGGGGACGAGCUGUUCUUCCUGGCCUUCAGCAUCGUGUUGAGCGUGGCGGUAGCGUUCAGCAGAAACCAGGAGCUCCGUCUCCUGACACCCUUCCUUGAAGGCUGGUCCGUCUCCAUAAACGCAGCGCUCCUACUUUGGAAGUGGGAGCUGCCUUUGCCAUCUGCUUGCAGAAGCUGUUGCCUCUGGGACGGCCACGGAGGAGCGGGGAAGGGAGGCGUCUGCGGGGCUCGUCGGAAUGAGCGAGUGACCGUCGGCGCCCGGCUCGGCGUUCCCGUCACCGGCCCCGCGGCCCGCGCUCGGCCGAGCCCAGCCGGAGGAGCAGGGAGGAGAAGCACAGCCUGAUCAGGAAUGUUUACCCUUGCAGAAGUUGCAUCGCUUAAUGACAUUCAGCCAACCUAUCGUAUCCUGAAACCAUGGUGGGAUGUAUUUAUGGAUUAUCUAGCCGUCGUUAUGUUAAUGGUUGCCAUUUUUGCUGGAACCAUGCAGCUGACCAAAGACCAGGUGGUCUGCUUGCCAGUUUUGCAGUCUACUGUAAAUUCAAAAGCACAACCCGGCACAUCAGGGAAGGCUGACGUUACCACUGUUGAAACAACCACUGGUCAAAGAGAAGAAGCAUCGAUGAGAACGGUUUCCUUUGGAAGUGCCCCUACUGUAACACCUGACGUACCUCUGAGCAGAGCUACCUCUUCUCAGUAUCAACCCACUGAAUCAGGUCAGGAGCUGAAGAAGGAGCAGAAAGAUUCUUCAGGCCGUAAAACCAAUUUGGAUUUUCAGCAAUAUGUAUUUAUUAACCAGAUGUGCUAUCAUCUGGCUCUUCCUUGGUAUUCAAAAUAUUUUCCCUAUCUUGCUCUCAUCCAUACUAUUAUUUUGAUAGUCAGUAGCAAUUUUUGGUUCAAGUAUCCCAAGACUUGCUCAAAAAUAGAGCAUUUUGUGUCCAUAUUGGGGAAGUGCUUCGAGUCCCCAUGGACUACAAAAGCAUUGUCUGAAACGGCAUGUGAGGACUCGGAGGAGAACAAACAGAGGAUAACUGGUGCCCAGUCCCUGCCCAAGCAUGUUUCCACUAGCAGCGACGAAGGAAGCCCAAGUGCCAGCACUCCCAUGAUAACAAAGACUGGCUUCAAAUUUUCAGCUGAAAAGCCAGUGAUCGAGGUUCCCAGCAUGACUAUUCUGGAUAAGAAAGAUGGAGAGCAAGCCAAAGCGCUGUUUGAGAAAGUCCGUAAGUUCCGGGCCCACGUGGAGGACAGUGAUUUGAUUUACAAGCUCUAUGUUGUCCAGACUGUCAUCAAGACUGUCAAGUUCAUCUUUAUUCUCUGCUAUACUGCAAACUUUGUCAACGCCAUUAGUUUUGAGCACAUCUGCAAACCCAAAGUGGAACACCUGAUUGGCUACACACAGUUUGAGUGUACACAUAACAUGGCUUACAUGUUAAAGAAGCUGCUUAUCAGCUAUAUUUCUCUCAUUUGUGUCUAUGGUUUUAUCUGUCUCUACACGCUCUUUUGGCUGUUUCGAAUACCUUUAAAAGAAUAUUCCUUUGAAAAGGUCAGAGAAGAGAGUAGCUUCAGUGAUAUUCCUGAUGUCAAAAAUGAUUUUGCAUUUCUUUUGCAUAUGGUAGAUCAGUAUGACCAGCUGUAUUCUAAGCGGUUUGGUGUCUUUUUGUCAGAGGUAAGUGAGAACAAGCUACGGGAAAUUAGUUUAAACCAUGAAUGGACUUUUGAAAAGCUGCGGCAGCAUGUUUCCCGUAAUGCCCAGGAGAAGCAAGAGCUGCACCUCUUCAUGCUAUCAGGGGUCCCUGAUGCGGUGUUUGAUCUGACUGAUCUGGAUGUCUUGAAACUGGAGCUGAUUCCUGAAGCAAAAAUCCCAGCAAAAAUCUCCCAGAUGACAAACCUUCAGGAGCUUCAUCUGUGCCACUGCCCUGCAAAGGUCGAGCAGACUGCCUUCAGCUUCCUCCGGGACCACUUGAGAUGCCUUCAUGUGAAAUUCACAGAUGUUGGAGAAAUUCCUGCGUGGGUGUAUUUGCUAAAAAACCUCCGUGAAUUGUACUUGAUAGGCAACUUGAACUCUGAAAACAAUAAAAUGAUAGGGCUUGAAUCUCUCAGAGAGUUGAGACAUCUUAAAAUUCUCCAUGUGAAGAGCAACUUGACCAAAAUUCCCUCCAAUAUCACUGAUGUGGCACCACAUCUAACAAAACUAGUCAUUCAUAAUGAUGGCACUAAGCUUGUGGUACUGAAUAGCCUUAAGAAGAUGAUGAAUGUUGCUGAGUUGGAACUACAGAACUGUGAACUGGAGAGAAUUCCCCAUGCCAUCUUCAGUCUCUCUAACUUACAGGAACUGGAUUUAAAGUCAAAUAGUAUACGCACAAUUGAAGAAAUCAUUAGUUUCCAGCACUUGAAAAGGUUGACUUGUUUAAAGCUGUGGCACAAUAAAAUAGUCAACAUUCCUUCCUCCAUCACCCACGUAAAGAACUUGGAGUCACUUUAUCUCUCCAAUAAUAAACUCGAAUCCUUACCAGCCGCAGUGUUCAGUUUACAGAAACUUAGAUGUUUAGAUGUAAGCUACAACUCAAUUGCAGUGAUUCCAAUAGAGAUAGGUUUGCUUCAAAAUCUGCAGCAUUUUCACAUCACAGGAAACAAAGUCGAUAUUUUGCCAAAACAGUUGUUUAAGUGUGUUAAAUUGAGGACUUUGAGUCUGGGACAAAACUGCAUUACCUCAAUCCCAGAGAAGGUCGGUCAGCUGCUGCAGCUAACUCACCUGGAACUGAAGGGAAACUGCUUGGACCGUCUGCCGGCCACGCUGGGGCAGUGUCGGCUUCUCAGGAAAAGCGGGCUUGUUGUGGAGGAUCACCUCUUUGACACUCUGCCCUCAGAAGUUAAAGAGGUAUUGAAUCAAGACACAAGCAUUCCCUUUGCUAACGGGAUUUAAGUGGAGGUGAAAUGCUCGAGUUACUGACUUCCGAACAGCAAAUGCUAAAAAGUGGGGGUACUGUCAGAUCAUGCAUUUUAGAAGCAGGAAUUCCUUGGGAGGCAGGACUUACUAGCAGGGUUAUAAAAGGUGUAACUGAGUGUUCAGUGUUUGCAGUGUUUUAAAAGAUUAUUUCCCAAAUUUUUGAGAGGAUACAGAACCUUAAUAAUCUCAAUUCUUUUUUCCUUAAAUUGUUUGUAACUUGGAUGCUGCCGCUUUUGAAUGUUUACAAAUUUGCUUGCCUGCUUAAAGUAAAUGAUUAAAUUGAUGACCUUUUCUUACUAUGCAAGUUGUUCUUUAAGGUCUGGAUUUACUUUAGUGCAUUAUGGGGGAAAACCAAGGAUAAAUGUUGUAUACGGUAUGGUUCUCACAGCCCUUGAAACACAUGUUGUUGUGCGUUGUUAGUGUUUAGCCAUUCUCAGCAAAUGCAGCCAGUUUGGCUGUGCUUUGAACUGCAGUAAAGCCACCAUUUUCCUGCAUAAAGGUAUGUGGUUUGCAUAAGGCCAAGUGUGUUUGCUCUCAUCCUUCAUCUCCAAGGCCUCCUGUUUUUGGAUGAGAUUUGCUCUGCAAUCCAGUGUGCUACUCCUCCGGACCCGUGAAGACUCAUCCCUUUUCCACAGCUGAUCUUCCCCAGCUUUCACAACGCUCCUCUGUCCCAAGCAGCGAUGGGUGGUGAAAGGGAGAGUACUGUCACGGGCUUUCAAACGGUGACAGUCUUGACAUUUGAACUGUUUCACAAGGUGAUUUUGAAAGGUCGUCAGGCAAACAUUAAGUACUUUACUGCUGAUGUUUUGCUCCUCUUCAGAGUUUCGUCUGGGAGACUCGAGGCAUUUUACAAGAGUCGGUGAAUGUUUUGUUUUGCAGCCCUUACUUAGGAACGGGGGUGUCUGCUCUAUUUUCUAGACUAGUGGCAGAGACAUAAAAGAGUUAUGAUCUACCCAAAAGUGAUUUGGCUUUAUUUCCUAUUGCAGUAUGUCGUCCACACCUGGACUCUUAACAGUAGGAUCAUCCUUUUCCCCCACGCUCCAGUAACCUGAUGUUUUUGAUCACUUAUGCGCUGUUAGAAAACCCUAAAUGUGUGCUAGAUAAGUCAUGAAAUAAAGAAAAAAGCAGACAGCAGUGAGCAUGGGAUUUUUUUUUUUUUUGGUUUUGUUUGAGUUUGCAUUGCCAGGAUCAUUAAAGAAAUAUAAUCCAUUAAAUCUGCAAAAUCAUCAGUUGUAAAUCUUGGCCAUUUACAUUCCAUGUGUGCAGAAAAGAAGUACUAUGCUGGGAGAUGAUUACAUGAUUACUCAUGGUUUAAACACAAUUCGCUAUUGUAGUGUGGUCAGGACUGAACUAGUCUGUAGUUCAAGGGACUGUUCUCACACAGAAGUCCUCGUGCACAGUGAUUUCUACUGUAACUUCACCAGAGCUGCCCUGACUUGUUCCGCCAUUAACAAGGGGAUAGUUUAGGCCUAGGGGCACUGAGCAGUCAGGCGCAUUUCAAAUACUGCUCUUGUGAAUGUUGCACAUUUUAUUGUUAAUCAUUUACUGUUAAUCAUGCUGGGAGGACUAUUCUCAGCUGUAGGUAGCAGCCUCCAAAUACAUACCUGCACCGUACAUUUAUGUAUAUCAGAAUACCAAUUUAUGAGUAGUGGUUUUGCCACUUGUUUGGGGAUGCAGCUCUGUUCGUUCUCAUUUUGCCAGCAGCUAGUAAAGUUGGGGAUGUUCGCACUUCUGCAACACCAAACAGGUUCAGUAGAAUAAUUGCAGUUACUGAUCUGUUGUCUGCUGGGAAAUUUAGUCAAAAUCUCUUUUUUUAUAAGUAAAAGUUGUUAAGACUGCAGUGGAUUUUUUUUUUAAAGAAGCUCUUUCAUGUGUUUAAAUUUUUGCACAUAGAUCACUUUAAAAUUGCUGGACUAUUGACUCUUAGAAAAACUGUGGAAUAUACUAUUGGUGUAUGCUCUGUAUUUGCUGUUGACCGUCAUUUCAGCUACCAAGAAAUUGUGUGUAGGCGGGAGGAAGAGUUGGAAGAAGACAAAGUAAUUAAAAUAUUUAGAAAAACAGUGCUAUUUUUUUCUUAUUUUUUCUUAUGUUAAUAGUGGAGUCGCACAGAAUGUGGCCAGAGAUUGAUCCUGCUUUAAAAACUUUUUCUUGGUGUUGCUGGUGCUCCUACUAUUCCAAUUUACAGUUCAGAAAUAAAUCCAUGUUUAUUUAGUAUGACUAUGAAAUGCAAAAUUUGGACCAUGGCUUUGACGAGUUACUAGCCAACUGUACUACUUUAGUCAACUUCCUCUGAAACAAGUGCAUUUGAAAGUUGAUUUCGGGCUUGUGAUGCUCACUCAGCAUAAACUCCAUUGAUUUUAGGAGAACUUUUUCAGAUUGGUGCUGGGGAACUGACCUUCUUCCCUAUGUUGCCUCCCUCCGCAGUCCUUCCUCCUCCUUGUGACUGUUAUAGUGCUCCUGUUUUCUGCGUGUCAUCUGACACAGUCCUGCUUUGAGUCUUGGAAGUUCACCUCUCUUCCAUGUAAGGCAUGUGAAACAUAUUUUUGAGAAUAUAUUUGAUUUAAUAAAUAAGAUGGUUAUAUCUUC